CAUUUCCUCCACAUUCUUGCUGGUUUGUGCAUCAUGAUGGCUGCCGCCUUGAGAGGGAGUCUUGUAACAUUGGCCAAGGUGAGUCGGUAGAUGAUGUUUACAGCCAUCAAAUUGUGGACAAAGUGUUUCGUGUAACGUAAAACUUUUCGCCGUUGGUAUUGGUUACUACCAUUGCUUUGUUAGAAACUCCUUGAUAUGUAUUCCUCUAACGUUAGUUACCAAUGGAAACGUUAAUGCGAUAGGAUAAUGUCGACAGCUGGCUAGCUCCUAAGACUGGCAGUACAGCCAGCUAACUAGCUGUCAAAGCUAUGAUACGGCUACCUACCUAGCUAACUAAGAUAACUAGCCAGGUUGAAAUUGAAUGGUUGUCACAUUCCAUUGAAUGUUGUCACGAACGUUAACCAGCAAUCUAACGACGUAUCAAUGAACACAUGCUAACGGAUUGAUGUCCCAUGGUUAUCAGCUUCAGACCACAGCAUCAGUUAUGCUGGGCAUAUACACUACACGACUUCUAACAUUCGAUUAACUUGAACGUGCUCACAUUUCCCAAUUUCCCUGUCCAAAAUAUUUCAUUCCGUCCAUCCUCAAACCCAGGACGUGGGUGCUCACAUUACACGACGAUUACUCCCUAGUUAAUCUUGCCCUGCGUUUCUCAGUUGUCAUAGAAAAUAAAUGCCGAUACGCAAGCAGUGAGAUGCUUUUAUUAGUGUGCGCAUUAUUAUGUGCAGAAACAUUUUAAAAAAGAGACUGAGGCGCAGAAUAUGGACUUAAUUUCAUAUUAUCAUUAUUAUUUCAUAUAUUUUUGGUGGAGUUCGUUUUGCAUGGCCCAUGCCCUGGGUGAGUGGAGGUUACACUUAUGGACCAAUGGAAUGGUCUAAAAUGAGUAAACUCCUCUCAUUCGUGGCACCGGCCAUGUGAAAUGAACUCGCCCAUUGAAAAGGCAGCGGCGUUCUCUCCACUUCUCCACCAAUUUGUUUUACAUCACCUCGGUCCACACCGUGCAUGUUGUCGCUGUCCUCUAAGCUGGCAAUGAGCUGAGUGCUCAAUGUCUAUUGGCAGCAGUCCUUGCCCAAUCGCGUCGUAGCACUGCUGAUACUACAAGAUGCAUUACCAAAAAAAAAUUUUUUUUGGGGGGGGGGGGGUGGAUCAGCUUAAUAUUGCAGAUAGAUUGUAUCUUCUAUCAAUGUAAUUGUCUGCAUCACUUCCAAUCCCCCAUGUUUUUUUAUAUAUAUACUCCCCUUUAUUACUUUUCAACCCCGCCAUCCUUUCCCUACUUGGAGUAAAUUAGUGAACAACAAUGCCCAGGCCUCUACUUCCGGUCUAUACUUACUAUCUACACCUUAUGGACACAGUUAAUUUUACAAUAAUUCUAUUAUGUAUAUAUAUAUUUUUUUUUUUUGCUCCUGAACUACUUCUACUCUCAACCUCUCCGAUUAUUUUCAUGAUGUCCAUCCGGUUUGCUUCUAUAUGCCAUAUCUUUCUAACUGCUUGUUCAGUGUACUUCCAGUCUUUGCCUGCCCUUGAACGGUCUUAAGUAUUUAGAAAAGUUGAUUAUUGUUAGCUCGCCUAAAGCACCAGUCAAAAGUUUGGACACGCCUACUCAUUCAAGGGUUUUUCUUAAUUUUUACAAUUUUCUACAUUGUAGAACAAUAGUGAAGACAUCAAAACUAUGAAAUAACACAUGGAAUAAUGUAGUAACCAAAAAAGCGUUAAACAAAUCAAAAUAUAUUUUAUAUUUGAGAUUCUUCAAAUAGCUAUCCUUGACGACAGCUUUGCACACUCUUGGCAUUCUCUCAACCAGUUUCACCUGGAAUGCUUUUCCAACAGUCUUGAAGGAGUUCCCACAUAUGCUGCGCACUUGUUGGCUGCUUUUCCUUCACUCUGCCGUUCGACUCAUCCCAAACCAUCUCAAUUGGGUUGAGGUCGGGGGAUUAUGGGAGGCCAGGUCAUCUGAUGCAGCACUCCAUCACUCUCCUUCUUGGUAAAAUAACCCUUACACAGCCUGGAGGUGUGUUGGGUCAUUGUCCUGUUGAAAAACAAAGGCCACUAAGCCCAGACCAGAUGGGAUGGCGUAUCGCUGCAGAAUGCUGUGGUAGCCAUGCUGGUUGUGUGCCUUGAAUUCUAAAUAAAUCACAGUGUCACCAGCAAAGAACCCCCACACCAUAACACCACCUCCUCCAUGCUUUACAGUGGGAAAUACACAUGCGGAGAUCAUCCGUUCACCCACACCGCGUCUCACAAAGACACGGUGGUUGUAACGAAAAAUCUCAAAUUUGAACUCCAGACCAAAGGACACAUUUCCACCUGUCUAAUGUCCAUUACUCGUGUUUCUUGCUCGUGUUUCUUGGCCCAAGCAGGUCUCUUCUUAUUGGUGUCCUUUAGUAGUGGUUUCUUUGCAGCAAUUCAACCAUGAAGGCCUGAUUCACACAGUCUCCUCUGAACAGUUGAUGUUGAGAUGUGUCUGUGACUUGAACUCUGUGAAGCAUUUAUUUGGGCUGCAAUUUCUGAAGCUGGUAACUCUAAUGAACCUAUCCUCUGUAGCAGAGGUAACUCUGGGUCUUCCAUUACUGUGACGGUCAUCAUGAGUGCCAGUUUCAUCAUAGUGCUUGAUUGUUUUUGCGACUGCACUUGAAACUUUCAAAGUUCUUAAAAUGUUGACUGACCUUCAUGUCUUAAAGUAAUGAUGGACUUUCGUUUCUCUUUGCUUAUUUGAGCUGUUCUUGCCAUAAUAUGGACUUGUUCUUUUACCAAAUAGUGAUAUCUUCUGUAUACCUCCCCUACCUUGUCACAACACAACUGAUUGUCUCAAACGCAUUAAGAAGGAAAGAAAUUCCACAAAUUAACUUUUAAGAAGGCACACCUGUUAAUUGAAAUGCAUUCCAGCUGACUACCUCAUGUAGCUGGUUGAGAGAAUGCCAAGAGUGUGCAAAGCUGUUAUCAAGGCAAAGGGUGGAUAUUUGAAGAAUCUCAAAUAUUAAAUAUAUUUUGAUUUGUUUAACACUUUCUUUUGGUUACUACAUGAUUCCAUAUGUGUUAUUUCAUAGUUUUGAUGUCUUCACUAUUAUUCUUCAAUGUAAAAAAUAAAGAAAAACCCUUGAAUGAGUAGGUGUGUCCAAACAUUUGACUGGUAGUGUAUAUGACCUUUCAACUUGCCAGAGACCAGCUGGGGAGACAACCCUACCAAAUGUCCCAAAGUAGCCUAUGGCGAUAUCUACACCUACUUGGUGGAAUCUCCAGUUUUGCAUAAAUAUCCAAAUGCAGAAGAACAUUAUAGCUGUUCUUUGGACGGAUACAGCUCACUAGUCCUUACUACAAGCUAACUAGCAAACUUUAUGCAAUACACAUACUGUAGCUAGUUAGAUACAAACAAGUGUUAGCGACUUACCGGUGAUGAAGUGCUUCGAACACACAAAUGUAUGGAGUAAUCGGAGCCCACAGCUUUCCAUCAUCGAGACAUAAUAGCCUGAAACCAUGAGGUUUGUUAAACAUGGUCCUUGGCUGUUGAUUAAACUUAAUUUGGUGGUCUAUUUCUCCUGCUGUUGUUCAAACAAAACUGUACGCAAAAGCUUUUUGUCAUUUUAAAAGCAGGGUUAACUAGCUAGUUAAGAAAGUCCUUUGGAAUCGUCUCUUUGGCUGAUAAUCGUGAUGUACAUUCCAUGCGAAAGUAUCUGUUCAUGCUAACAUUUUAACAUUCAGAAUGAAAGUGUUUUUAGGUAUGAUGUAGUUUGUUGAUUAAGACGACAUGAAAGUAUGUUGAAAAUGACUGACCAAGCAUAUCCCAAAUAUUUAUAGAAGGCUUAAAAAAAGAAUACAGCCACUGGCAGAUGAGACACAUUAGCUAUAACGAGGACCAGACCAUCUGAUUAUGCUUACUUUCUACAGUAGACCUAAUUCACUAUUGUGUCCUGGUCUAGGGCCUUACUGGCACUGGUCCGCAGUGGCAGCAGCUGGCUGCCCGGUCCCUCAGUAUGACCGCCAGUCUGGGUGGGCCUGAGGCACCUCCGGCUCGCGCCGACGCCACAUUCAAGGUCACCAUGGUGCCCGGGGACGGAGUAGGACCUGAACUGAUGACUGCCGUCAAGGAGGUGUUCAAGGUAUGUACAUUAUGGUGGCUCCACUUUCUCAAUGCUGACCUGGAGUGACAAUGUGACUGAGUGUGGAUGUCUGGUCCCUAUGUUGACAUAUAGCUAACUAACUCAUCGCCUCCGGGUAUCCUAUUACUUAGGCAUCAACCCCAAUACAUACAUUAUGUGGCCCAUGUGGGAAUUGAAUUCACUAUUGCCGGCACUAUGCGCCAAGCAUGCUCUGAGCUCAAUCCAAUACUUUGUGUUCAUUGAUAACUGAAUAUGCAAGACUCAUUCAUAAAGUUUAUAGUCCAUUCAUUCGCUAACUCCUUUAUUCAUUCAUCCAUCCAUCCUCGACAUGUCCGUCCUGUUUCUUAUCUCCUUGGUUCUACCCUUAACCCUGCCUUUCUCUUUCCUUCCCUCCAUCCCCCUCCAGGCGGGUGACGUCCCAGUGGAGUUUGAGGAGUUCCACCUAAGUGAGGUGCAGCACAUGGACAGCGACGAGAAGCUGGAACAGGUGUUGGCCUCCAUGAAGACCAACAGGGUGGCCAUGAAAGGUAACUAACUUCCUUGUCUCCAAAAGCGAUCUGUUGAAGUCGAUAAAUGACAAACUAGGCAUACUAGAAUUAGUCAGUAAGGAUGUAAAGGAGUUGAAGGCGAGCCUUGAAAUGAGUGACGAAAAAGCUGCGAUAAUGGAGAAAGAUACAAAAAAGCUAAACGGGACAGUCACUAAGAUAGAAACGGAUGUUAAUGAACUUAAAAAGGAGAACAACUUUCUGAGAGAAGUCUUACUAGACAAAGACUAGAUCUAUGAGAGAAUCUAGUAUUUACGGGUAUCCAAGAAAAAGGAGAGGAUCCCGAGAAAAUAGUGAAGGACUUCUUUCUUACAGCUCUUCAAAUCCCACUCGAUGCUGUCGAUAAAAUCCAACUCGAACGUGUACACCGUUUCGGACAAUCGUUGCCAAAUUUGCUUUCUUUAAGGAUAAAGUAAUGUUUAAAAUCUUAGGUAAAAACUUGCUGGCACCAAAAUAGGCAUGAAUGAUCAGUUCCCGAGGGAGAUUGGGUACAGAACUUUGCACCGUUCUGCAAUCUUUAGAUGAAAAGGGAAGCAUACUAUAAAACACAUUUAUAGUAUUUUGUAAAUGGAUAAGACGGCAUUAGAAGAAAGGAUAACUAGCAAAAUAAUACAUCUUCAUAUAACUAAUUAGAACACAAAAGUACUCAAUCAACAUAGUGGAGAUAAAAACAUAGCAAACAGAAGACCGAAUGUGGAUGUAUUGGUGGUGUGCGUUUUUAUGCUUGGAAAAGUGUGGCGUUAAAUGAGUGAGAAGAAAAGAAAUGGUUGCAUAUCCCAGAACCAAUGUGUGUCUGUGAGCAGGGGUUGUGAAAGAGACCUUUAAAUUUUAUGCAGAUGAGGGAUAUACAUUUUAAAAUAAAGUAUACAUCUAAUUUAUUGUCCUAUCAUGAUGGAACAGUCCCCAACCCUUUACCCUAGACACCCACCUGAGCGACCCAUACAGCAAAGCGAAGUCCCCAUCUGUUUUAUGGCCCUGCUGUAAACUGCCUAUAUGCAGCCAAAACAGAAAGAUAAAUGCGGUCAGAGACCUACUUGAGCAGCACCGUCCCCUCAAGAUUCUGAGCCUGCCUGGCAGGGUUGGUCCUACAAAGCCAGUGCCCCCUGAUGGGAGAGCAUAAUAUACAAGGAAAUUCUCAAAGCCGCUAAUGAGAACUUUGACGACCUUGUACCUAGCUGGUGGGGAUUCGGGUGGGGUACCCCCACCCAGGUAGUGGCAGUGCUGGCAACACGGACAAUCAGAGAGGGGGCAUAUUAUUGUGGCACAAAAUAAUCAAAGGUCUGACUGCACAGUGAUGCUUGGGAAAAUGGUUACAACGGGGGACCAGAGUAUGUGUGUGUGUUUCAGGGGAAGGGGGUGGAUCUGAUCUCCAUCACCUAGGACUUGACAUAGGUUAAUCAAAUCUCAAUUUUUGCUCGAUCUUGCAUGAUUUCUCAAACAGCUGUAAUUCGUAAAUCAGGUCCUUUCUUGAGUUGGGCUCUGGGAUGUAACAACCGUUGAGCAUCUGAGCUUAUGGUUGAUUGUGGAGGAAAGGGGUUGAGUGUGUAAGAGUGUGUGUGUAUGUAUCCCAGAUCUGUUGCAAGGGGGUAAGGAUGUUAGGGAGAAUAUAGGAUGAACCACAAUUGUUUGCUAAAAUAAUAAUUGUUUGACAAAAAUGUAAUGCAAUGACAAUCCUGGUUAUAGGUAACAAUCCUUUGCAUGAACUGCUGACAUUAUAAUACAUUUUAAUUGAUAAUGAUUGAAAUUUAAGAUAUGCAAGAUAUUUGAGUAGAUAAAUAUUUUUAAUAGCUAUAUAUAAAGCAAAUUGAGGUGAGAGCAUUGGAAAGGCUUUUGGCGGAUGACCUGCUUCUGUUUUGUGGGUGGCACUGUGUGCUGUUUUCAAAGGAUGGGUCCUGGCCUCUCGGGGGGCCUAGGGAUCCGGGGGGACGGGGGUAGUAUGCCGAUCACUGGGAUGACAACCCAAUUUAGGAUGGAGAGGGGCUUUAGCGGGGGGAAUAGUGGAGAACAAUUGGAGGGUUACUUAGUAGCAAUGCAAAUAUCAUGGUACAGCUAUAUGGACACUCAAUCACUAUGUUACUUUUUAAUGGUAAAUUUACAAACAAAUAGAUUAUUAUGAUAAAUAGAUUUGAAACUUGUAUCUCAUUAUGGUAAGUGGUGAAAUAAGUAUAGCCAGUUAUAAUUGUAAUGGCUUAGCAGAUAAUAAGAAAAUAAUAACUAUUUACCUGACUCAAAGAGAAGGAAUAUAAUAUUUAUUUACAGGAAACUCAUUCAACAAUUCUAGAUGAAGUUGUGUGGAAAAAGAACUGGGGGGAUGAAAUAUACUUCUCCCAUUGGCAAAGGAACUCAAAAGGGUGAUGAUAUUAAGUCAUUUUGAUCCGAAUGUGCAAAUUGUCCAAACAGAUCCGCAAGGUAGAUGGAUGAUUUUAAAUAUGUUAUUGGACCAUAAACAGAUAUGGCUAAUUUAACCUUUACGGACCAAAUAAUUAUGAUCCACGCUUCUUUGAAAAUAUAUAUAAUAAAUGAUCAACCCUGCAAGCAAUACAAGACUAUAUUAUUAUGGUGGGAGACUAUAAUACUGUUUUAAAUAGCUCAAUGGACCGUAAAGGAAAUCACACCACAAACUAUCACCCUCAUGCUCUUAAAGAAAUCAUGAAUGUCAUGGAUACAUUAGAACUAGUGGAUAUAUGGAGGCUUAAAUAUCCUGGCCUAGUGAGAUAUACAAGGCGGAGACUCAAUCAAGCUAGUCAUCUUGACUUCUUUCUUACAGUUGAAGUCGAAUGUUUACAUACACCUUAGCCAAAUACAUUUAAACUCAGUUUUUCACAAUUCCUGACAUUUAAUCCUAGUAAAAAUUCCCUGUCUUAGGUCAGUUAGGAUCACCACUUUAUUUUAAGAAUGUGAAAUGUCAGAAUAAUAGUAGAGUGGUUUAUUUCGGCUUUUAUUUAUUUCAUCACAUUCCCAGUGGGUCAGAAGUUUAUAUACACUCAAUUAGUAUUUGGUAGCAUUGCCUUUAAAUUGUUUAACUUGGGUCAAACGUUUCGGGUAGCCUUCCACAAGCUUCCCACAAUAAGUUGGGUGGAACCGAGUCAGGUUUUUAGGCCUCCUUGCUCGCAUACGCGUUUUUAGUUCUGCCCACAAAUUUUCUAUAGGAUUGAGGUCAGGGCUUUGUGUUGGCCACUCCAAUACCUUUACUUUGUUGUCCUUAAGCCAUUUUGCCACAACUUUGGAAGCAUGCUUGGGGUCAUUGUCCAUUUGGAAGACCCAUUUGCGACCAAGCUUUAACUGCCUGACUGAUGUCUUGAGAUGUUGCUUCAAUAUAUCCACAUAAUAUCCGGCAGGGAUGUAGCUCAGUUGAUAGAGCAUGGCGUUUGCAACGCCAGGGUUGUGGGUUCGAUUCCCACGGGGGGCCAGUAUAAAAAAAAUAUCUAAUCACUAACUGUAAGUCGCUCUGGAUAAGAGCGUCUGCUAAAUGACUAAAAUGUAAAUGUAAAUAAUCUUUCUUCCUCAUGAUGCCAUCUAUUUUGUGAAGUGCACCAGAACCUCCUGCAGCAAAGCACCCCCACAGCAUGAUGCUGCCACACCCGUGCUUCACGGUUGGGAUGGUGUUCUUCGGCUUGCAAGCCUUCCCCUUUUUCCUCCAAACAUAACGAUGGUCAUUAUUGCCAAACUGUUCUAUUUUUGUUUCAUCCGACCAGAGGACAUUUCUCCAAAAAGUACGAUCUUUGUCCCCAUGUGCAGUUGCAAACCGUAGUCUGGCUUUUUUAUGGCGGUUUUGGAGCAGUGGCUUCUUCCUUGCUGAGCGGACUUUCAGGUUAUGUUGAUAUAGGACUCGUUUUACUGUGGAUAUAGAUACUUUUGUACCUGUUUCCUCCAGCAUCUUCACAGGGUCCUUUGCCGUUGUUCUGGGAUUGAUUUGCACUUUUUGCACCAAAGUACAUUCAUCUCUAGGAGACAGAAUGCGUCUCCUUCCUGAGCGGUAUGACGGCUGCGUGGUCCUAUGGUGUUUAUACUUGCGUACUAUUGUUUGUACAGAUGAACGUGGUACCUUCAGGCGUUUGGAAAUUGCUGAUUUCUUUUGAUUUUCCCAUGAUGUCAAGCAAAGAGGCACUGAGUUUGAAGGUAGGCCUUGAAAUACAUCCACAGGUACACCUCCAAUUGACUCAAAUUAUGUCAAUUAGCCUAUCAGAAGCUUCUAAAGCCAUGACAUCAUUUUCUGGAAUUUUCCAAGCUGUUUAAAGGCACAGUCAAUUUAGUGUAUGUAAACUUCUGACCCACUGGAAUUGUGAUACAGUGUAUUAUAAGUGAAAUAAUCUGUCUGUAAACAAUUGUUGGAACAAUUACUUGUGUCAUGCACAAAGUAGAUGUCCUAACCUACUUGCCAAAACUAUAGUUUGUAGAAAUGUGUGUAGUGGUUGAAAAACGAGUUUUAAUGACUCCAACCUAAGUGUAUGUAAACUUCCGACUUCAACUGUAUGUCAUUCUCGUUGGCACCAAAAGUUUAAAAAGUGUUGAUAGGGGACAGAAUGCGGUUGGACCAUCAUAUAAUUGGCAUAUACAUUACUCUUACUGAAUUUCCACGUGGGCGAGGAUAAUGGAAAUUACAUCAUGAUGAUAACUUGUUUUUAACUAGGACAGAGGAAUUUAUAACUGAAUUUUCCCACAUAACAUAGGGACAGCAAAUCCCCUUUUUGUAUGGGACACUUUUAAAUGUGCAUUUAGAGGCCAUGCAAUUCAGUACUCAUCUCGAAAUCAAAAGCAAUUUAGGUCAAAAGAGUCCGUACUAACAAAGGAAAUAGAAGGUCUAACAGAACAGAUAGAUAGCAAUAAAAACUGUAACGUAGGAGUGAAACGAGGUUGUCCACUAUCGGCAUAUCUAUUUAUUAUGACCAUCGAAAUGUUAGCUAUUAAAAUCAGAUCCAACAAUAAUAUCAAGGGAUUAGAAAUCCAGGGCUUAAACAAAGGUGUCAUUGUACGCUGAUGAUUCAUGUUUUCUUUUAAAUUCAUAACUUGAAUCCCUCCACAGCCUCAGAGGAUCUAGAUACCUGUUUUAACCUCUCUGGAUUACAACCAAAUUAAGACAAAUGUACUAUAUUACGUAUUGGAUCAUAAAAAAAUACAAUUUUUACAUUACCGUGUAGUUUACCAAUAAAAUGGUCUGAUUUUUUUAUGUGGAUAUACUCAGAAUAUAUAUCCCAAAAUAAAUAAUAAUAAUAUUUAUUUAUUUGCAAAAAAAAACAUAUGGGGGUUUGGAAGUGAUGCAUACAAUUACAUUGAUGGAAGUUACAAUCUAUCUGCAGUAUUAAAGCUGAUCUACCCCUUAAAAAUAAAAAUUCCUUGUCUCCUCUGCGGGGGAUUUGCUUCCGCUUGUCCGCUUUCAUCACAUCAGUGUGUUCUGACCGAGUUUUCUUUUCUCUGUGUGCAGGAAAGAUUAACACCCCCAUGGAGUUCAAAGGGGAGCUGGCUGGCUUUGAGAUGAAAAUUAGGUAAGGCCAUAUUAGAUCUAGCACCAGCAUGAAUCCAACAAAAUCAAUUCAUUUUGUAAGGUUAUGAGAACUCGUAGUGUCUGGCUGGCUGUUCUCAUUAGUGAACCUCUUCCUCCUGUGUCUGCUCAGGCGUAGGCUGGACCUGUUUGCAAAUGUGGUCCACGUAAACAGCCUGCCCGGCUAUAGCACCCGCCACAACAACCUGGACCUGGUCAUCAUCCGGGAGCAGACGGAGGGAGAGUACAGCUCUCUGGAGCACGAGGUACAUCACCACACACUGCCAUUUAACCAACCAACGAGUGUGUUCGUUUCAGCUUGCCUAGGGUGUUAGGUGGGUGGAGUUAGCCCAUUUUUAAGACAAUUUAAUUGGUCCUAGAGAUAAGUCUUACCAUGUUUUUGAUUAGUUUGUUGUAUGGCUAAAACACAUUGAAAUCAUCUAUCACAACCAGUGUUGGUGUAACGCGUCUCAAAAGUAAUGCGUUACAGUAAUUACUUUUAUGAGUAACGGCGUAAUAUAAUGCGUUACUUUUCAAAUUUGAGUUAUUAUAUUAGUUACUUUUUCAAAUAACGCACACACUACUUUUUUCCAUUAAAACUGUAAAGUUUAAUAAAAUUCCACAUGAAUUCACAAUGCUGCUGGCGGCACCGGUUUGGGUCUCAAAGUGCGUCCCUUUCAGACGGUUAAGCAUUGCACCUGUACUACCAUUGCUGUACCUCAAUUCCACCUCGCAAAGUUUGCAUUUCCUUCUCAUUUAACUUUUAAAAGUACCAUUUAACUUUCUCUACCAUUUUUCCAGCUGUUAACGAUGAUGACAUGGUGGUGGAGAGUAGAUUCCAAAAUAAUUGGUUCCUCGACUCCUUGCACUUUGACUCCCCGUAUCGACUCCCAUUUCUGAGUGUUAAGAUUCGAUUCCGCAAAGAAUCGACUCCUAAGAUUCAGUAUUUUUGCAACGGAGGAGACUGAUUAGUUGACGUACUUCCGAGAAUAACAAAACACUCGCAUCUUUCAUAGCGAGCUGGAGAGGGGAGGGGCACAGGCAGGUCGGCCACCAGGCAGCCAGUCAGAACCGUGCACUAAACCUAUCUAUCGGCAAUCCAAAGCUGUGUCUCAAUGGAAUGCUGUACCUAGGCAAUUUUUGGCCUCACAACUUCAGUAAAGCAGGGCCUAUCAUCAAUGGAUAGGCUAGGAUAUUGAGAUGAGCGAGAUGCAACACUUCGCUCUCACACAGUAUCUGUGCACGGGUUUGCGUCACGCUGUUUACAGUGUGGUAGCCAGGGCACCAAAACAGAAAAUAAAAAAAUCGGUUAGGGAUUUAUCUUAACAUUUUAAGGAUCCCAAUUUAAUUUAAGCGUUCACACCCCUAAAAGCCAAUUAAUGCCUGAUCUGAAAAUGUGGGUGGAGGCUUCAUAUGGAGGGUUUGACACAAUUGCAGAGCCUCCGGAGGCAUGUUGAGGCCAAAUCAAGCUCCCGUCCGCAUCGCCGUGUGCCUGUGUACACUGGGCAGAACAUGACCACAGAAGCACUCCAACAUCAUGGUCAAACCAUGGUCAGAUGGAAGUGUGUCCUGGUCUGAACUCUGUGCUCUCUGUCUCUCAGAGUGUGCCUGGAGUGAUUGAAUGUCUGAAGAUCAUCACUAGAGAGAAGUCUCGGCGCAUCGCCAAGUUUGCCUUCGACUACGCCACCAAGAAGGGUCGCAGCAAGGUCACGGCGGUCCACAAGGCCAACAUCAUGUGAGUCUCGCUGCCAAAAAAGUAACCUAUUUUUAAAUGCUUCUACACAUCUAUCCAACUACAGACAACCUAACUGUUUAUGCAGGGCUCGACGUUAACACUUGCCCUCUUGUCCGGGACAAGUAAAAAAAAAAACUUGUGGGGCAAGCAGAAUAUAGAUUGAAGUUGUUUGAAUGGACAAGUAACACAAUCACACAUCACUAUCAAACAAUUACUCUGAUCAGAAUUGGAUUAGUUUCCUCUGGAUGCGAUGUGUUGCACACUGUUCUCCCAAUCUCUGCAAAGCGCAUCAUGAGUAGUAUUCUUGAAUUGCAUUGAGGUAUUAGGGUUUUUUAAUCACCUGCGGUCGAGAGAUGCGCUUUUGAGAUCAAAGCCAGAGCCGGGUUGUUGAUAUUACUUGCUAGUUAGUGAGUUAUUUGCCCAGUUGUAGCUACUUUUUGGUCAGCAAACAGGGUUUGUACAGUCGUGUACCGUUGCUCCAGUAGAGAGACAUUGCAGCAGCAGGUAGGCUAGCCUAUAAAAUAAAUAAUGAUAGAGAACAGACUAACUAGAUAAUAUAGUCUAGUUUGGCUAGUUAUCUUGGUAGUGAACUAGGGCGGCAGGUAGCCUAGUGGUUAGCGCGUUGGGCCAGGAGCCGAAAGGUCACUGGUUCGAAUACCCGAGCAGACAAGGUGAAUAAUCUGUCGACGUGCCCUUGAGCAAGGCAUUGAACCCUAAUUUGCUCCAGGGGCACCCUACUACUAUAGCUGACCCUAUAAAACUAUGCAUUUCACUGCACCUAUCCGGUGUAUGUGACAAUAAAAAAAAUGUAAACAUCUAUUUAGCUAUUAGCAUGUAUAAAUGUCCUGUAUCGGCCCUGUCCCUGUUUCGUUGCCCGCUCUCACUCCCUCUCCCCACUUUGAAGGGAGAGAUGAAUUCUGAUAAGUGCAAGCAUACAACGGUUGAGCAAGAUUCCAUCAAAUAAUUGCAACAAAAACCAUUUUUUUUAGCUACUGUUAGAGAGGAGUCUCCGCUUGUCUUGAGUAAAAAAAAAAAAGUAUGAGUAUGUCAUUAUGAUGCGCAGGCAGAACGGAGCGGAGCACGCCAUUUGCGGUGAAUACAUCAAGUAGCCUAUUAGGCCUACCGAUGGAAAGUUUUUGUUGGACAUUGAAUUUACUCUUAGAUCAAUUACAUUGCUAUCUAGCAGCAAUAUAUUUACGGUUAGCAAUCUAUCUAAUGUGUUUUGAAUUCCCACUUCCUCAGGUGGUGAAUUAUGUAGCAUAUAGCCUAGGCCAAUAUGCACCAAAAAAAAAGAUGCAGGGAAAUUAAUCUCUUAAGAGCCAAAAAGAAAUCUGCUCAUUCUGUAUCCUAUUUUGACAUGUUGCACAUCAAAAUAUUCAACAUGCAUUCCCUGAACAUGGUACAUGAAAUGGCUAACAUCUUUCAUGUCUUACUUGGCACUGGAAAAAGUCAGCCUAGAGCCCUGCCGCUAAUGGAAAGCAACUGUGCAUAAAAAAAAUAUUUAUUGAGAAAAAUGGGUCAUUAGUGUGAUUUAGUUUUUGUCCUGAUUCUCUGUAUGGUGAUAAUAAUGAUCAUAAUAAAUGUUAUUUUGUAAAGUAGUUCCUUGCAUCAUACAACACAAUUUUCAGCCACCUUUUUGGCCUAUGGUGUUAGACCUUUUUUGUGUGUGUGUGUGUGUUGCGAAGUGACUGGAGCUUUCAGACAUAAAAAAUCAGUCCUACUUGCCUGAAUGACAAAAACAAUGUCAAGCCCUGCUAAGGGUGGUGGACGUAGUUGGUCCCGAAUCAACACGUAGAAUCAGAAACACAAACGCACACACACAGUGUUUCUCAAAUGGGAGGCGUAGCUGUUUUAAAAAAUAUAACAUUUCAAUGGCCUUAUGUACGUUACAGCCCAAGCAACUUGGGGACCAUUGCACUGACAUUCUACAUCUGAUUUUGUCUCCAUCUGCCUUUCUACAGGAAGCUUGCAGAUGGCCUGUUCCUACAGUGCUGUGCCGAGGUGGCAGAACUGUAUCCCAAGAUCAAAUACGAGAACAUCAUCAUAGACAACUGUUGCAUGCAGGUAUGCCUCGCUCUCUCGCGCUCUUGCUCUCUCACAAAUAUGCACCCUCUCUCUCACGCUGCUUCUCUCUCUCUGUAGCUGGUCCAGAACCCAUACCAGUUUGACGUGCUGGUGAUGCCCAACCUCUAUGGCAACAUCAUUGACAACCUGGCCGCUGGGCUGGUCGGUGGGGCAGGAGUGGUGCCAGGAGAGAGCUACAGCGCCGAGUACGCCGUGUUUGAGACCGUGAGUGUCUUGUCUGCCUGAGAUCCAUCUUAACCAGUCAGCUGCAAUCAUACACUCGUUACAUUAGACCUUCAACCAUCAGUAUAGUGCCACAAUAAGCAUGUGGAAAAUAGCCUGAAAAUAAACAUUUCCUCUCCUUCUCAGGGAGCGCGGCACCCCUUUGCCCAGGCUGUAGGCAGGAACAUUGCCAACCCCACGGCCAUGUUGCUCAGCGCUGCCAACAUGCUCCAUCACCUCAAGUGAGUGGGCACUGCUUCCAAUGAGAUGUGUAUGUGCGCGCCCACUAAUCUCAACUGACUGUGUUUUGUGUUACAGUCUGGAAUACCACUCCAACAUGGUGUCAGAUGCUGUCAGGAAGGUCAUCAAACAGGGCAAGGUAAGAGUGUGUGUGUGUUUUUAACUAUUGUAUCAACAUCCUGUUAAAUCUUAUUGGUUUGUGUGCAUGUACGUGUGUGUGUGUGUGUGUGUGUGUGUGUUGGGGAGUGAGUGUUUGUCUAAACACAUACAGUGUAUGACUAAUUCUAAAGUUGAAGGGUUAAGAACAGUGUUUUUGCAACAUAACGUAUUUGUCCAUGCAUUUUGUGGGUCAAUUCUAAAAAGACUUUUAUGGAUGAAAAGUGUAAAAACAAAAUACUCUGAUCCAAAAAUCAAUUCAUGACCCAUUGCAUUUAGCUAUGAAAAUACACCUAACGAUCAAUAACCCAUAUCCAUGUGUGUGAGAGAGCCUUUUGAUUAUGCAUGUCGACGUGGGUGGCAUCUUAUACACCCCUCUGUGUGUGUCCUGCUAAACAUUGUCCUUGUUCUCAGCUGGCAUAGUGAGGUGAAGGAACACAGCUCUGUAACCAUAGAAACUGACUGGUAACAAAGACCUACUAACUUUAGUGUGCAUCCCAGCCCUUAUUAGCACUAAUAGCAGCAGCACUAACCCUAACUAAUACCAUGGUUCUUAAGCAGGCACAUGGUCAACACACCAUUGUGCGAAGGUAUGACUCUGUCAUGUCAGCCAUGACACCGAAAGUUUCUGGGAAUAAUUUCUAUUCACUGAUUGAGGACAGGUUAUCUGAAUGUGUGAAGUAUGGUGUUUGUCAAUCCACUAGUGUCUGAAAUACCCUCCCCCUUUCCAUCUCCUUUGCUCGUCCUCUUCCCCUGCACCCUGUCCCUGCGUGUGUGUGUCCCAGGUGCGGACGCGAGACCUGGGCGGUUACAGCACAACCGGGGACUUUGUGCAAGCCGUUGUGGGGAACCUCCGCCACCGACCCAUGUACUAAAGAAGUCCCGAUCCCCUGAACACCCCACCCUGCCCUUUACCGUAAACUGGACGGACAACCAAAUAAAAUCUGGAUAUAUUGAACCCCAUAUCGCCAUAUCCCCUAAUAACUUUGCCCCACUAACUAUUUUGCUCACUUUCCCACUAAACUAACACUCCUUACGUCACUCUUGGCAGCUCUCUCUUCUCCUCCGCUUUCUUUUCAUAUUCCUCUUUCCUCGUAAAGCGCUCGGUGUAUCCUCUUUUAUGUUUUUCUGUUCUCUCUUGCUCAAAUUCAAAUAUGCUUGAUUGGCCAAAGCAAAUAAUUAUCUGCUUUAUCGUCAUUUUUUGGUUUUUACCAAAUCGUCCAUUUAUGCUGUGGCCUUCUAUUUUCUCCCAGUCUUUUCCUUGCUGAGGCUUUCUCCAACUCUGAGCACCCCAUGCUUGGUGCCGUUUCCUGCUUCUCUCUUUUCCUCCAUGUCAGCCUGUUCUUUUGUACUACCUCUGCUGUUGGCUGCACACUUCUAUGAGCUGGUCUAGAAUCUUCUCUACUACCUCCCUGUAGUCAACUCUCUAUUUGUCGGCUACCUCUCUAGUCAACUACAGUCUCUCUUUCCCUCCACUCGCCAACUCUUCCUCCUCUCUCUAAGCUGUUUCCUUGUCUCUGCUGUGGACAAGCUUAUGAUUUUAUAUUAAAUUGAUCUCCACUAGUCCAUCUUCACAGUCCAUACUGGUUGGGCCGUGUGUUAUUCAGCAGUAUUGGUGAAGCUGGUUUCGUGCCACGAGGACAAUACACCAAUGCCAACGCGUGUGAAAUCUCUACCCCAGCACUGUAUCAAUGGAUAUCUGGCCUGCCAUUUCACAGUCCUGAGUCAUGCCAGGCAUAUACAGUACGUCGUUCAUAACCCUUUGACUCUAUGUGCAGCAUUUCCUUGGCUUGGACUAAGGCUACCAUGGUAGCAUAUGCGUACACUACCGUAGCUGUAGACUUCUGGUCAUUGCGCUAACGCUAGUUAGCAUUGGCUCUUGAAACGACCUCUAAAUUCCUUCAUUCUGCAUGCAGAGGCAAAAAUGGUAUCCACGAGUUCAUCUGACUCUGGGUAAGUAGAAAAACAGCUUAAUUGCCAGAAUCUCGCAGUAUCCUUUUAACUGGCCUUUUUCAAUCACAACCUUAAUUACGUGCACAGUCAAGUCAAGACUGUUUUAGUUGCUGUAAAAACACCACUGGUUUCCACUGAGUCAUCAUAAACAUGGAAGUUUCUCACAAACACAUAUCACCACCACUGUCUUAAAGGAUGCAGGAUGUAGAGGUCACUCCUGAGAAGGGAGAACACUUUCAGCAUUUACAAUCAAUGUUUUGAUAUUGUUGCGUUAGCAGGGAUGCUAACAAGUUACCAAACGGUGAAAUUGGCUAUCUGUAGCUAGCUUCAUUUAACCUUUUAUUGAUCCAUUGUCGCUCAGCUGCAUACUCUAGUCAUCAUCAUUAGUUACUAAAAUAAUGUCUUAAUACUCUGUCCACUGUGUAUGCUGUAAAACGCACAAAAUGUUUAUCAUAGAGGUCAAUAUCUUGGUAGCUUUUUGCUGGAGUUGUGACCUUGGAGUUCCAACGUGUUUGGCUAUUCAGUCAAGCUAAGCUCUUUCAUCAUUUCAAUUUGCAAACAAACAAGCAACUGUAACCCGAGCCAACGACCAGCCUUGCCCGAGUUCGCUCUGGAAACCAAUUGAUCAUGUCAGACCAUUUACUUUUCUGGUUUUGUACUCUGUGCCAAAUGUCCAUUCAAUUAUAUAUUGGUUAUGGCGAUGAUGAUCUCAGUGGUAGCAUUUCUACUAGAGACUUAGACUGGCAUGUGUCAGUCAGUCAUUGGGACUUCAAAUGUAUUGGCUUUUGUCAUCGAGUGGUAUGGUAUUAUAAAUGCUUCAAAGUGCGGUUCUUGGUACAUGUUUUUAUUUAUAAUGGUUAUGGCUACAGGACUGUGGUUAUAAUAUUGGAUCUUUGAAACAACACUCAAUAACACUCCUUCCCUGUUCACUAACUGUUAUAAUGGCUGAUGGACCUUUUGUUGUAUUAAAAUAUAUUAUCAUGGUCAAAUACUGAAGAAUAAAAUAUGGGAAAAAGUGUGUGUUUUGACCUGUGUUCUCUCAAAAGGGGUAGACUGCAUUAAACAAAAUUAAAGGCAUGAUUAAACACACAUUGUUUCAUUUUUCAGGGGUAGGAUGAGUGGUGCAGCAUCUGUUGAAAGACCAAUGUAGACUACGCUAACCAUAAAUGUAGAUUACUGAAUCAUCCAUUAUUUAGUAUGUUUGGUCAUAACUAUUUUAUGAGUAAAUACAUAUGACCAUGGAUUUGAGUUGCUUCAAAAUAAGCUAAUAUUCCCCUACCCUUUUAAUGUGUGCCUGAGUUUAGUGGUGAAAAAGGCUCUCUUACACACUAGUCAUGUUUGUAUAUAUUUGUGAGGACCAUUUCUUUCCUGAAUGGGCCAGGUUUCUGAAAAGCAGCUUAAGGCGAAGUUCAUCGUUAGAACCAUAGGAUCCUAUUGUUCUAAGAUGAAGUUAGCCUUCAGCUGCUUUUUGGGAAACAGAGCCCAGGUGUGUGUGUGACACACUGCUCUUUUAUUUGUGGCAGGUGCGCACAGGAGACCUGGGGGGCUAUGCCACAAGCGACGAGUUCACCAGAGCUGUCAUCGCCAACCUAGCCGUCUGAGCUAGCCUCUCAAACACACACUUUUCUUUAUUUACCUCCCUUCAAACUAGUCUCUCUACAUUGACCACUCAAACAGCCGCGCAACAGAUGAAAUCCUCCUGACCCAUGCUCAACAACAGCUAACACCCACAGACUCAAACCCAGAGGAGUAUACAUAAAAUAUGUAAAAUACGCACAAUGAAAUUGAGGACCUGCUACAUAAAUGAGAAGCCAAUAUGGGGACGACACAUUCAGUCUUGUAAACAAUACCAAAAUAAAUGUUUUCCCAUUCAACAGUACAGUUAUAUAGAACAUGUAAGUCACAUUCCACAUUCAGUACCAGAGUGUUGUUCUUCAAUGACUGGAACUUGUUUAGAUAUUCAUACAAGAUACAUCUACUAUAUCAGUAUAUUAUUUUAUUUAUUCACUACAAGUGUUAUAUGCAUUAUUGAUUUGUUCAUGCAUAAAUAAACAUUACUAUAUCUGAUA